AUGGAAGAGGAGCCCUUUGAACGUCUCGAUUGUGGGAAUCGAGAAAGUUUCACCGCACACAUGAGGUUGCACACUGGAAAGGAGCCCUAUAAAUGUGGUGUGUGCGCCAGGGGCUUCAGAUGGAAGAAACUCCUCACUGCCCACAUGAGGGUCCACCCCGAAGAAAAGCCCUUCCAAUGCCCGGAGUGCCAGAAGAACUAUAAGACGAAAAGAACUCUUCAGGCUCAUAUGUGGCUGCACACGGGAGAGAAGCCCUUUGAAUGUCUUGAGUGCGGGAAGGCCUUCAGCAAGAAGUACAGUCUGAUGAGGCACGAGAGGAUUCACAAAGGCAUCAAACCCUAUGUGUGUCUCCACUGUGAAAAAAGAACCAGCAAUAAGGACAAUCUCAUUGCCCACAUGAGAAGCCACACUGGAGAAAGACCCUUCCAAUGCCCAGAGUGCCAGAAGACCUUUAAAGUCAGAAGAAUUCUUCAAGAUCAUAUGCGGUUGCAUACGGGAGCGAAGCCAUUUGAAUGCCUUGAGUGCGGGAAGACUUUCUGCCAGAGGGACACUCUUAGGAGGCACGAGAGGAGUCACAAAGGCCUCAAACCCUAUGUGUGUCUCCAGUGUGAGAGUCGCUUCAGCGAGAAGAAGAGUCUCAUUACCCAUAUGAGAGUCCACACUGGAGAAAGACCCUAUCAAUGUCAGAAGUGCCCGAAGAACUUCAAGAAUAGUGGAAGUCUUAGUAAGCAUAUGAUGUUGCACACGGGAGAGAAGCCCUUUGAAUGUCUCCAGUGUGGGAAGGCCUUCAGACAUAAGAGGAAUAUGAAGGUGCACAAGAGGAGUCACACAGCCGUCAAACCCCACGUGUGUCCCCAUUGUGAGGAAAGUUUCAGAUUCAAAUGCCAGUUGGCGGCUCACAAGACAAUUCACGCAGGGGAGAAGCCCUGUGAAUGCCUGACUGAAAACUUUCAGCCAGACGGGGAGUCUACCUGCCCUCAAGAGAAUCCACAACAGAGAAAGAUGCAUUUGAUUCUUCAGCCCCUGGAAGAAGAAGAUCAGGGACUGAUGGAGGUGACGUUUGAGGACGUGGCCAUCUUCUUGACACAGUGGGAAUGGGAGAGCCUGGAAGACGCUCGGAGGGAACUCUAUAAGACCGUCAUGUUGGAGAACUACAGACAUCUACGUUCAGAGCUGGGCGGCCGAAGCCUCGAUGUAUCCGCCAACUGGAGAAGGGGGAAGAUCCAUGGUUACCUGAACCUCCAUCUCACCACAGAUGGAUUUUCUCCGAAGAGGCCUGAAGAAAUCAGGGAAGAGCAAAUGCCCAGUACAGUGUUUGCAGAAUCCCAUGGACACGUUUCACACCAUCCUCCAAGGGGAAGGUCCCUGGAGAAUCAGUGGAGAUCUAGGAGGAAACGAGACCGGCCGGUAGAGAGAAAGGAGCAGCAGAAGCCAGUGCCCAUGGAAGAGGAGCCCUUUGAACAUCUCGAGUGUGGGAAUAGAGAAAGUUUCACCACACACAUGAGGUUGCACACUGGAAAGGAGCCCUAUAAAUGUGGUGUGUGCGCCAGGGGCUUCAGAUUGAAGAAACUCCUCACUGCCCACAUGAGGGUCCACCCCGAAGAAAAACCCUUCCAAUGCCCGGAGUGCCAGAAGAACUUUAAGACCAAAGGAACUCUUCAAGUUCAUAUGCAGCUGCACACGGGAGAGAAGCCCUUUGAAUGUCUUGAGUGCGGAAAGGCCUUCAGCAAGAAGUACAGUCUGGUGAGGCACGAGAGGGUUCACAAAGACAUCAAACCCUAUGUGUGUCUCCACUGUGAGACAAGAUUCAGCCAUAAGGCCAAUCUCGUUGCCCACAUGAGAAUCCACACUGGAGAAAGACCCUUCCAAUGCCCAGAGUGCCAGAAGACCUUUAAAAUCAGAGGAACUCUUGGAGAUCAUAUGCGGUUGCACACGGGAGCGAAGCCAUUUGAAUGCCUCGAGUGUGGGAAGACUUUCCGCCAGAGAAGCACUCUUAGGAGGCACGAGAACAUUCACAAAGGCCUCAAACCCUAUGUGUGCCUCCAUUGUGAGAGUCGCUUCGGCCAGAAGAGCAGUCUCAUUACCCAUAUGAGAGUCCACACUGGAGAAAGACCCUUUCAAUGUCAGAAGUGCCCGAAGAACUUCAAACGCAGUGGAAAUCUUACCCAGCAUAUGAUGUUGCACACAGGAGAGAAGCCCUUUGAAUGUCUCCAGUGUGGGAAGGCCUUCAGACAUAAGGGCAGUAUUAUGGCGCACAAGAGGAGUCACAGAGCCGUCAAACCCCACGUGUGUCCCCAUUGUGAGGAAAGCUUCAAAUUCAAAUGCCAGCUGGAGGCCCACAAGACAAUUCACGCAGGGGAGAAGCCCUGUGAAUGUGCUGACUGA